GGCGCGGGGCGGGGCCAGGCUGGCGGCUGUGCGCGUGGCCGCUUGGCCAAGAGCUGGAAAGCUUAGUUGCCCGCAGCAGCCGGAGCUGAAAGCCGGGCAGGGGCCGUGGGGCUUCCUUCGUGGGCGCGGCGUUGCCUCGCCUGUGGGAUCCAGGGAGCCGCAUGGGAAAGGAGUCCGAGCUGCUGGAGCAGGAGAUGGAAACAGAGCUACCCAUCCUUGUAGAACAAGGAAGCUGGCAUAAGAUAACCAAGUUUACUUGAGGUGUCUGUGGGAAGAGAGAAUGAUGUGGAAAACAUUGCUGAUGUUAGAGCUAGGGGGAGCAGGGGGGCGGGCUCCCUGUGUGCUCCCGUUCUUCACCUCUGGUCUCCGGUACCGGUCCUCUUCGGCCAUUGAUCAGCACCAUGAGCUGGCCCGCGAGCGAUCCAAGACGGUUACCUCCUUCUAUAACCAGUCGGCCAUUGACACAGCAGCCGAGAAGGCCUCUGUGAGGUUGACACCCACCACCAUGUUGUAUUCCGGACGGUCUCAGGAUGGGAGCCAUCUGCUGAAAAGUGCCCGUUACCUGCACCAUGAACUUCCUGUCCGCAUUGCUCAUCGCAUCAAAGGCUUUCGGAGCCUCCCCUUCAUUAUUGGCUGCAACCCCACCAUUCUCCAUGUGCAUGAGCUUUACAUCCGGGCAUACCAGAAACUGAGCGAGUUCCCCCCAAUCAAGGACCAAGAGUCAGAGGCCCAGUAUUGCAAACUGGUCCGGCAGCUCCUCGACGACCACAAGGACGUGGUGACUCUACUGGCCGAGGGCUUACGGGAAUGUCGAAAACACAUACAGGAUGAGAAGCUGAUCCGUUCUUUUCUGGACAAGACCCUCACCUCUCGCCUGGGUAUCCGGAUGUUGGCCACUCAUCACCUUGCCUUGCAUGAGGACAAGCCGGACUUUGUUGGGAUCAUCUGCACCCGCUUGUCUCCAAAGAAAAUAAUUGAGAAAUGGGUAGAUUUUGCCAGGCGCCUGUGUGAGCACAAGUACGGGAACGCUCCUCGGGUGCGGAUCAACGGCCACGUGGCCGCCCGCUUCCCUUUCAUCCCAAUGCCUCUUGACUACAUCCUUCCAGAGCUGCUCAAGAACGCCAUGAGAGCCACCAUGGAGUCUCACCUGGAUACUCCUUACAAUGUGCCAGAUAUACUCAUCACCAUUGCCAACAAUGACAUUGACCUGAUAAUACGGAUUUCAGACCGAGGUGCCGGGAUCCCUCAUGACCACAUUGAUAAGGUGACUGAUUACCACUUCACCACGGCUGAAGCGAGUGCCCAGGACCCCCGCAUGAACACCCUCUUUGGGAACAUGGUGGAAAUGGGGAACAGCGCCCAGUCGGGGCCCAUGCAUGGAUUUGGAUUUGGGCUACCCACCUCCCGCGCUUACGCCGAGUAUCUGGGCGGCUCCCUGACCCUCCAGUCCAUGCAAGGGAUUGGCACCGAUGUCUAUCUCCGCCUCAAACACAUUGAUGGCAAAGGGGAGAGUUUCCGCAUCUAGAAACCCACUUUCUCAGCUGCCAGAGGAAGCUUGAAUGCGUACACCAAACCUAAUUUCACUUGGAUACACUUGUUCUCCUAUGGAAUUCUAAGAAUGUGCUAUGCUGUCCUACUGAAGCUCUUCUCUUCGAUACCUGAGAAAAGGAGUCGGGUUGUUUUUCUUUUUUUUUCCUGUGCAAUUGCUGAUAGGACAUCAUCUCCUGCUGGUUAUCCCAUUCCUUUUUGGAGCAUGCAUUGUGGUUAACAGUCAGACUCCAGAUUAUUGGGAGAGCCUCUGCUCUCUCUCUUCCUCUCAAUGGGAAUAUUGAAAGCCACGAAACAGCUGCCCUUCUGUACACUGCCAGCUAAUCCAAUCCAGGCUCUUGUGCGGCCUACAUUUUCUGUUACUUCUAGUGAAUAUGAAGACAUUGGGGUGAGGGGGAAACUUUUACUGUGGCACGUACUGAUCCCAUUUGGCUCUCUCAGGCUGUUCUUAGUCUGAACAACUUUCACUGCAGCAUCUGGCACCAAAAGAACCUCCUUUUUCUCAGGGGAGUUUUAUUGCACCCUCUCUGGGGAACCACAAUUGACACCACAGUCUUCAGCAGCGGAAGACUUUCUGUGUUGCACACAGCACCAAAACGCCCUUCCCUCGUGAGGAAAAACUUUUACAAUACCAAGUUGGCCCCUUUGCUGCAAACUGUGGGAUUGCAGAAUGUUCUCCCCCUUCCUGGCAAAAUGACUUUAUAUUAUUUCCAUCCUCCCUCUCCCCACCUAAUCUUUCUGUUGCCAUCACCUGUUGUUUUUUUUUAAAAAGAAAAAUUAUUUCAGGGAGCAGAAUAAGGGUUUUCUCUCUCCCUUCCUCACUCUGCAUUAGAGGGAUACAAAAAAGGGUUAUUUUGCAGUGAUACUCCAAUUAAAGUGCAAAUUCCAAAAACUAGCAAAA